AUGACAGGCGAUCUUCAGCAUAUCGGGGAACCAAUUGCCAUCGUGGGAAGUGCUUGCCGCUUUCCUGGUGAUGCAACAACACCCUCCAAGUUAUGGGAUUUGCUCAAAGCACCUCGAGAUGUGCUUAGCGAAAUCCCAGAAAGCCGCUUCAGCACCAAAGCCUUCUAUCACCCCGAUGGGCUUCACCAUGGUACUACGAAUGUUCGACACUCCUAUUUGCUGUCCGAUGAUCAUCGACUCUUUGACGCCCAAUUCUUUGGAACCAAGCCAGUGGAGGCAAACUCGAUCGAUCCCCAACAAAGGCUGUUGCUCGAAACUGUCUACGAGGGCCUUGAAACCUCUGGCAUUCCCAUGGAAAAGCUCCAAGGAUCUAACACUGCUGUAUAUGUUGGGUUGAUGACCAAUGACUAUGCCGAUAUCUUAGGUCGGGAUGUGCAGAACUUUCCGACCUACUUUGCAUCGGGAACUGCUCGAAGCAUUCUAUCCAACCGAGUCUCUUACUUUUUUGACUGGCGCGGACCUUCCAUGACUAUCGACACGGCGUGUUCAUCUAGUCUCAUUGCACUACACCAGGCCGUACAGAGUCUGCGAAGUGGCGAGACUGACGUUGCGGUGGCAGCGGGAACAAAUCUUUUGCUAGGACCAGAGCAAUAUAUCGCAGAGAGCAAGUUGAAAAUGCUUUCCCCAACCGGCCGCUCACGCAUGUGGGAUAAAGGCGCAGAUGGAUACGCACGUGGUGAUGGAAUUGCUGCCGUCAUACUCAAACCACUGAGUGCAGCAUUGGCAGAUGGGGACCACAUUGAGUGCAUCGUUCGGGAGACAGGUGCCAAUCAAGACGGUCGCACCAAAGGAAUUACGAUGCCAAACCCUACGGCUCAAGCAGAGCUUAUUCGGACGACGUAUGCUCGAGCUGGACUCGAUCUUUCCAAACCCACCGACAGACCGCAAUACUUCGAGGCUCAUGGUACAGGAACUCCGGCAGGUGACCCUGUCGAGGCGGAAGCCAUCAGCACUGCUUUCUUUGGACAAGCCGCCAAAUACCAGCGUGAUGGUAACCAAGAGGAUCCCUUGUAUGUUGGGUCCAUCAAAACCGUGAUCGGUCACACCGAGGGAACGGCUGGACUUGCAGCCGUCCUUAAAGCAUCGCUUGCUUUACAACAUGCCGUCAUCCCACCAAAUCUACUCCUCAAUGAGUUGAGUUCCACAGUACGUCCCUUCUAUAACGACCUUGAAAUCCUUCAAGCUGCGAAAGAAUGGCCACAACUCCCAGAGAACACCCCUCGCCGUGCCAGUGUCAAUAGCUUUGGCUUUGGUGGUGCAAAUGCGCACGCAAUUUUGGAAGGAUUUGAUGGGCGCUUACUUGCUCGUGGUCGAAACACUGCAAAUAGUAGCUCUGUCACUGUGUCGCCAUUCAACUUCUCUGCUUCCUCCGAAAAAUCGCUUCUAGGCAACAUUGCAGCAUACUCGGCAUAUUUGCGAGAUCAUCCGGAUGUCAAUAUUCGUGACUUGUCAUGGACAUUGAACACUCGGCGUUCGACUUUGCCAGUACGGCUAUCGGUAUCCGCAUCGAGCCCAGGGGAGCUUGCUGCAAGGCUGGAUGAAGCAGUAGCCUCUUCGACAAUUACACCAAGCACGCAGACGGGAAGUAUCCGAGAACCCAAACUCCUUGGAGUGUUCACAGGCCAAGGAGCACAGUGGGCGAGAAUGGGUGCCGAGCUGCUCGAAAGCUCCCCGAUGUUCAGUGAUUGCAUCGCCCGACUUGAUCGUUCUCUCCAGGAGCUACCCACAGAGCAUCGUCCUAGCUGGUCGUUGAGGGAGGAGCUUGUUAAAGACAAGUCCUCGUCUCGUAUCGGGGAGGCGGCGUUCUCUCAACCUCUUUGUACCGCGAUUCAAAUUGCCUUGGUUCAGCUUCUUCGGGCAGCUAACCUAAAACUCACUGCCGUCGUUGGUCAUUCGUCCGGCGAGAUUGCCGCAGCUUAUGCCGCGGGAUAUCUCAACGAAGAGGAUGCUAUCCGCGUUGCUUAUUAUCGGGGAUGGUCUCUUCAAUAUGCAAACGACCAGGGAGGACAAAAAGGCGUAAUGAUGGCUGCAGGAACGUCAUAUGAAGAUGCAAAGGAACUAUGCGAGAUGCCGUCACUCGAGAACAGAAUUUGCGUGGCGGCGAGCAACUCCUCCGCCAGCGUUACACUUUCGGGCGAUGCGGAUGCGAUCGACGAGGCGAGGGAAAUCCUCGAAGAUGAGAAGAAAUUUGCUCGCAUGUUGAAAGUGGACAAAGCCUAUCAUUCUCACCACAUGCUUUCCUGCUCGGCUCCUUAUAUCGCAGCAAUCCGCAGGUGUGGUGUAACCAUUCAGCGUCCAGCGAGUGGCAGUGCUGCCUGGAUCUCCAGUGUGUAUGGCGACAACAUUGAAAACGUGAAUGAUAAUCUUGCCGACACGUAUUGGAGCAACAACAUGAUCAAUCCCGUCUUAUUCUCCCAGGCCGUCACCUAUGCAGUUGCUGCUGCCGGGCCGUUUGACAUGGCUUUGGAGAUCGGCCCUCAUCCGGCAUUGAAAGGACCCGCAAUGCAAACGAUCCAAGAAGUGUCGGGCCAAACAUUGCCUUAUGCAGGUACCUUGAACCGUGGCAAAAAUGACACUGAGGCUCUCUCAUCUACACUCGGCGCCCUGUGGAUUGCCUUGGGUGAAACGGUCGUGGACUUUGCAGGGUUCGAAAUGAAGGCGAUGCAGAAGCAAAAUACUCGAGCCCCAGAGCUUAUCAAAGGUCUUCCAUCAUACUCAUGGGAUCACGAUCGGGUUUAUUGGCACGAAUCUCGAUCAUCUACUGCAAUCCGCACCGAAAAGGAACCAUUCCACUCCCUACUGGGUGUCAAAUGCCCCGACGGGACAGACAGCGAGCUGCGCUGGCGCAACUAUCUUCACCCAAGGGAGGUUUCCUGGCUGUCACAUCAUCAGGUCCAAGGUCAAAUGGUAUUCCCUGCAGCCGGGUAUAUAUCAGCGGCGGUUGAGGCUGUUGUCCAAAAGUUUGGCCUGGACUCUGUCCAACUGAUCGACUUCCACGAUGUGGUCAUCGGACAAGCAUUAGUCCUUGAAGAGAAUGGGGGAGUGGAAACAAUUUUCAGACUCUCGAUUGAAAAAACUCAGGAUAAUGCUGUGUCUGCGUCAUUCGCCUGUCAUUCAGACGCCAACAAGGGCUCAUCUAACAUGUCUCUUCACGCAUCUGCCACCCUGCAAAUUAUUUUGGACACGAUGUCCUCCCCCCCACACGCCAAACCAGAAGGCUCAUUCUUGGAACUGGAAGGUGAACGAUUCUACAACUCAGUCUCCGAGCUUGGGUUUGGCUACACCGGACCCUUCCAAGCCCUUUCCAGUUUGCGCAGGAAAAUGGACGAGGCAUCGGGUUUGAUCGCUGUUCCAGUCGAUUCCGAAACCGAAAAACCAUUGAUUAUUCACCCAGCCUCUCUUGAUGGAGCGAUUCAGUCAAUCAUGCUGGCGUAUUCCUUCCCAGGAGAUGGCCGUCUACGCACUCUUUACCUUCCAACACAAAUUGACAGGCUUCGUAUCAAUCCGAGCGCAUGCGCCGCUCUUGGUCCUCCCGGUGCAGAACUGCCGUUCUAUUCUGCAGUGACAGAUGCCCGCUUUGCCGAACUCUCCGGCGAUGUUGAUAUAUUCUCUGCAGAUGGCAGGCAUACUUUACUUCAACUUGAAGGACUUCACACUACACCGUUGAGUCCAUUGACAUCCACCAAUGAUGUUCCAUUUUUCACGGAAGUGAUCUGGGAUGUGGAUAGGCCCACCUUGCAACAACGAAAGGAAGCUGCAGACGCGCUUCUCUCAGACCAGUCUCUCAGCAUGGAUCUCGAACGGGUUGCCCAUUUUUACUUGAAAAACCUCGAAAGUUCGCUCCAGAACUCCCAUCGAGCGAAUGCCACUUGGAAUCACAAACAUCUUCUCUCUUAUGUGGAUCAUUGUAUAACGUCUGUUGCCAAUGGAGAGCAUAAAUUCGCAAAAGCAGAAUGGGCCAAUGACACCAUGGACAACAUUACUCCAAUUUUGAAUCGUCACUCUGACUGCAUCGACAUCAAAGCGCUGCGUGCAGUUGGCGAAAACCUUGCUGCUAUCAUUCGUGGAGAUAUGAACCUGCUUGAAAUCCUCAUGCAGGAUAACAUGCUAGGGGAAUUUUACGCUGAAACCCUUGGAAUAGACGCUUACUUGGAUGCUAUUGCUCAAACGGCUCGCCAGAUUGGCCACAGAUACCCCCAUGUUAACGUUCUGGAGAUUGGAGCUGGCGCUGGCGCUACUUCGGAUCGAAUCAUGCGUGCAAUGGGACCAUCGUUUGCGUCAUACACAUACACAGAUAUCUUGGACUCGCAGUUCGACUCAGCACGUGAAAGAUUCUCCGAUUACCAAUCUAGAAUGGCAUUCAAGGUGUUGGACAUCGAGAAAGACAUCGAAGCACAAGGCUAUGAAGAGGGCUGUUUUGACCUUGUCGUUGCUCCUUUAGCCCUGUAUGCCACCAGAAGCCUCGAAGGAACCCUGAAAAACGUUCGUCGGCUACUCAAACCAGGUGGUUAUUUGGUUAUGGUCGAGCUCACGGACGCUGAUGUCAUGCGCUUCGGCCUCAUCCUAGGUGGUCUACCAGGCUGGUGGUUAGGUCACGAGGAGGGACGAACAUUGUCCCCCUGUGUAUCGGAGGACAAAUGGCAAAGACUGAUGCAAAACGCUGGACUUUCUGGGUUCGAAGCCCUGUUGCCAUCUUCCAGAACAUCGCCCUUGCCAUUCUCCGUCAUGGUCACCCAAGCUGUGGAUCACCGUGUCAAUUUCCUUCGCGAUCCUCUGGCAACCAACCACCCGACUCUAGGCGUGGACUCGCUAACAAUCAUUGGUGGCAAAACUCCGUUGACCGCUGAUAUGGUCACUGAUAUCAGAACUGCGGUCCGUCCGCACUACAGUAAUAUCUACACAGCAAGCUCUUUGAGCGACCUUAUCUCAGCAAAUCUGCCAGUGAUGGGAUCAGUGAUCAGUUUGAUUGAAUUGGAUGGACCAGUUCUGAAAGACAUGUCUGCGGAGGACCUGAAGUCAUUCCAAGAGUUAUUUAAACAAAGCAAGAAUGUUUUAUGGCUUGGAUACGGUGCCCAGGGGGAGAACCCCUAUGGCAACAUGUUUGCAGGAGUUCAACGGACAUUGGCCAUGGAGAUGACACACCUGCACAUCCAUUUCCUAAACCUCCAUUCGCUGCAUGAUGCGGAUGCUCAUAUCAUCGCAACGAAGCUCCUCCAUUUGGAAGCUGCCGAAAUUUGGGAUCAGAGUGGACAGCUUGAUGGGAUUUUGUGGUCCAACGAGAGGGAGCUGAUGCUGGAGAAUGGGCAGUUCAAAGUGCCUCGAUUCCGUCUCAACUCUAACCGAAACGAUCGAUACAAUUCCUCAAGGCGCCUAAUCAUUAAAGAGGUUGAACGAGCUGGUUCUGUGGUCACCAUUCAACCAACGGAAAUCGGAUAUCAAAUUGAAGAAAAAGACCUUCGAGUGUCGCCCUCUCUCUUGGAUGAUGUGAAAAUUGAUGUGACACACUCUUUGCUCCGUGCUGUCCGUAUCAGUUCCUCGGAGAAUUACUUCUUGGUGCUUGGAAGGAAUGCAUCAAAUGGCGAGCAUGUGAUCGCCCUGUCGCAUAGCCUGGACUCUCAAGUCAGUGUGCCGCAAGGCCUACGAGUUCGAUGUGGAGAUUCCGAGGAGCUAGGAAUUCGAUCGAUGCUGACCCUUUAUUUCCAUUUCCUUACACUCGCUAUGCUGCGUCAGCUUCAACCAGGCAAGACUCUCGCGGUGGUGGACCCUGACUUCUCCUUCUCACCCGUCCUGACGAGAUAUGCGAACGAAAAGGGUGUUCAACUUGUUCUUUUGACAACACAGGAGGGACAUUGCUCGUGGCCAUGGAUUCGAAUCCACCCAAACUCCACCCGCCGUGAAUUACGAAGCAAGCUACCUAGCGAUAUUUCACGACUUGUCAAUAUGAGUGGCAGCUCUGAUGUGACUACUCUCUUGAAGAGAUGCUUGCCGACAGACUGUCAGUUCGAGAGCGAGACCACCCUGACCGCACGCUACUCCCAAUCUCAGUUUACCUCAGAUAGAGGCCAAUUGGCGAUCCAGCUUCAAAAUUCCUGGUCGAGAGCACAGUACGAUUUGUUGCCGGUUAACAUGCAGAACUUUGCUCCUUUACCACUUCAGGACCUGAUUACUACUCAAACCCCACUCGAAGAGCAGUCUUUGAUUGCAUGGGGUAAAUCGCGACUUGCUGUCCAGGUUCGACCUGCUACCAAAAAGGUCAAAUUUUCAAAGGAUAAGACUUACUGGCUAGUUGGACUGACAGGCGGCCUUGGUUUGUCACUUUGUCAGUGGAUGAUCGGGCAGGGCGCAAGAUACAUCGCGAUAUCAAGUCGAAAUCCAAAGAUCAGUGACGAAUGGCUACAGAGAAUGGCCUCUAGUGGCUGCACUGUCCGGGUCUUUUCCAAGUACGCUUUUAUUCCAGUUUCCUUGGGUCACAAUUAUUUCUACUCAGCUAACACAUCCAGUGACAUAACGAAUCGGGAGUCUGUUCAAGCUGCCUAUCGCAACAUCAGCGCAACUAUGCCUCCGAUUGCUGGUGUUGCACAGGGUGCCAUGGUACUCCAGGAUACAAUGUUCAUUGAUCUAGAUCUCCCUCGCCUACAAAAGGUUCUUGGUCCCAAAGUCGAAGGUAGCAUAUUGUUAGACGAAUUGUUCCCAGAGGACACGUUGGACUUCAUGGUUUUUUUCUCAUCAAUGGCUGCAAUGACAGGAAACCCGGGCCAGGUUGCCUACAAUGCCGCGAAUAUGUUUAUGGCCAGUCUGGCAGCCCAACGCCGAAACCGCGGCCUGGCAGGACAUGCGAUCAACAUUGGCGCAAUUGUCGGUAACGGCUAUGUGACGCGAGAGCUUAACAUGGGUCAGCAGUCAUAUCUUUACCGAGUCGGCCAUACAUGGAUGUCUGAGCAAGACUUCCAUGAGGUGUUUGCUGAAGGCGUUCUCACUUGCUUGGAGCGUGUGGGAACCGCCGAGUUGUGCUGUGGACUUAGAAUCGACGAUGAUGAAUCCAAGAGUUGGAUUUCUAACCCAAUGUUCCAACAUCUAGUCUACAAGUCUAGCAAUCUUGUAGUGGCAGACAAAAAGGGGAAGUCUGGCGUGUUGAUAAAAACACGCUUGUUUGAGGCAACUUCAAAUCAGGAAGUUACAGAAAUAUUGCAAGAUGGAUUUCUGUUGAAGCUACAGUCAGCCCUUCAGGCUGACCCGAGCAAGCCUAUGUUGGACAUGAGUCCAGACGAGCUUGGUGUGGACUCAUUAGUCGCUGUUGACCUGCGAUCGUGGUUCCUCAAGGAGUUGGGUGUCGAUAUGCCGGUGCUAAAAAUCUUCAACGCAGCCUCGAUUCGUGAGCUUCUGGCCACUGCUGCAGAAACGCUGCCAGAAGCUUUGAUUCCCAAUUUGAUCACCGGCGAACAAGCUGUCAAGGCACCUGGACAUCAACCCAACCAUCCGGUCGCUGCAACAGCUGUCCCCGCAAACAUCUCCAUGGACAACAUUGCUCCAGAGACCAGAGCCAGCUCCGUGGAAUUGAAAUUUGCGCUACCCGACGCAACAAACGCGUACAGUGGCAGCUCCGCGACGUCUUUAAUCACUGGAGACUCGAACUCUGAAAAGAAUGACGACACCUCCUCAUCGGUUUUUACUGACGACAACGAAAUGGGAACCCCAAAACGUGAAAUACAAAGAACUGUGCCAAUGUCCUACGGGCAGUCGCGUUUCUGGUUUCUAGACCAUCUCGUCGAGGACAAAACUGCAUUCAAUAUUACACCGACGUUCGAGUUGUCUGGUCGCCUAAAGAUUGAGGAAUUUGCGAAUGCUAUACAUGCCGCUGGUCAACAUCACGAGGCCCUACGUACCUUCUUCUUCACUGACGACGAGCAAAAUCACAUGCAAGGCGUUUGGACAAAAUCUUCCUUGCAGUUAGAGCAGACAGAAAUCUCCGAUGAGACAGAAGUUGAAGAGGCUUCAAAACAGAUGAGGGCACACUUGUUCAAUCUUUCUGAUGGCGAGAUCAUGCGCGUUCGGCUGCUUUCACUCAACCAAGAAAAGCACUGGAUAAUCUUCGGCUUCCAUCACAUCAACAUGGAUGGCAUUAGCUUUGAGGUAUUCUGGUCAGACGUGGAGAAGGUAUAUCAGGGUCAGACUCUUUCUGAAGAUGGUCUUCAAUAUCCAGACUUUACUAUGCGCCAACUUCGUGAGUACGAAGAGGGUGCUUGGGCUGGAGAUCUCGCUUACUGGCGAGCACAGCAUACAGAGGCUCUACCUGCCCUUCCCCUUCUUCCAUUUGCCCUGCAACCUAUUCGACCUAAGGUUGCUCAAUUCGGGUCUCAUACUACACAGAUUCGCCUGGAUGCCAAUUUGUCGGACGCGAUUGACCGAUGUUGCCGGAUGUUCAAGUCAACACCAUUCCACUUCCAUUUAGCAGUCUGGAAAACCCUCCUUCUACGCUACUUUGGUCUGAAAGAUGUUUCCAUCGGCCUUGGAGAUGGAAACCGUACGGAUGCCGAUGUCCUGCGGAGCAUGGGACUUUUCUUGAAUCUCCUUCCCGUGAGGUUUUCUGACCAACCUGGCCAAUCAUUUGGAGAGUCUCUCAAGGAGGUCCGGAAUAUCACGCAGGGUGCGUUUGCCCACUCGCGUGUGCCAUUCGAUGUGAUUCUGACAGAGCUUAACGUUCCGCGAUCUGCAUCACACAAUCCUCUAUGCCAAACGCUGUUCAACUAUCGACCCAAGGUCGAGCAAUCGCGAACCUUCUGCGGGUGUAUAGCCGCUGGCGAACUUUUGGGUGGCGGCGAAACGUCUUUUGACCUCGGCCUGGAUGUUGGCAAUGUCGGUGCCAGCGAGACCCUGAUUCACCUAACAGUUCAGAAGAGCUUGUAUGGAAUGGAACAUGCGGAAAUCCUACUUCACUCCUAUGUCAAUCUUCUCAAAUCUUUUGUUCAAAAUCCGGCGACUCGGGUGACCUGGCCCGAAUUGCAUUCUGACAGUGACAUCCAGGAGGCAGUGGCUGCUGGCCGAGGCAAGUGCUAUGCAGGACCGGAGUUGCGAGAAGAAUGGUCUAUGACUAUAGUCCAUCGCCUGGAUGAGGUUGCGUCGCGCUAUCCGAACCGUGUCGCAUUGAAGAGUCAUGAUGGGACCUCCUUGACUUAUUCACAAGCCCAGCUUCGGAUCGAUGUUAUCGCCAACGAGCUCUUGCGCAACGGAGCUGGAGCGGACACCCGUAUUGCGGUUUUCCAGUCUCCUGGUGCAGACUGGAUAUGUUCCCUCAUGGCCAUCUUGCGUGUCGGUGGUGCUUACAUUCCAUUGGACAAAAAGGUUGGGAUGGAGAGACUCGCGAUGAUCAUGAAAGAGACACAAGCACCCAUGAUAUUGAUUGACGCACACUCCACAUCUGACUAUGCACUUUUGCACACUAUGGCGAGACCCAUCGACGUAUCUGGUCUAAGGGGCUCUACUGCACAUCCCGUCCGAAACAUGGCUGUCCCAAGCCACACAGCGGUGAUCAUGUACACUAGUGGAUCGACCGGCGUCCCAAAAGGGAUCAUGAUUAACCAUUCAGCCUAUGCCCACCACGUUCAGUCAUCAAGUGCCGCUUGGAAACUUCGCCAGGGAUCCGAGACCAUUCUGCAUCAAUCAUCCUAUGCGUGGGAUGCGUCUUUGUGGCAGAUCAUGGUCUCCCUGUGCUCUGCUGCGACUCUGGUGAUUGCAUCCGACCUCAUACGAGGAGAUCCCGUUGCUAUCACACGACUCAUCGCAUCUGAACAUGUGACGUGCACCCUUGCGACGCCCACGGAAUACCUUGGUUGGGUGCGCCAUGGUCGCUCCAACCUGAGCAACUCUCGCUUGUCAAUUGCAGUAUGCGGUGGCGAGUUUAUGUCAAGUGGCUUGAUCAAAGAGAUCAAUAGUCUGAAUCUGCCGGACCUCAAAUUGAUAAAUGCUUAUGGGCCGGCGGAGAUCAGUGUUGCAUGCUCGGGCAAUGAGGUUCCGUACAGCCUGCUGGAUUCAAAAUCAACACUUUCUGCACAAGCUCUGUACACUCUGCCGAACUACUCUGUUUACAUUGUCGACGAAAGGUUGAACCCUGUUCCGAUCGGAGUUCCUGGCGAAGUGGUUGUUGGUGGCGCAGGGGUUGCCCAGGGCUAUCUUGACGGCACCAAAACAACUGAACGCUUUUCAAAUGAUCGGGAAAAGAACUGGACCGCAAUCCACCGCACUGGAGACCGUGGAAAACUCAACCGUGAUGGUGGUCUUAUUCUUCUCGGUCGCAUGGACGGGGAUAACCAAAUCAAGUUGAGAGGAAUUCGCAUCAAUAUUGAAGAAAUCGAGACAGCGAUCGUCAGUUCUUCGGCUGGAGCUAUUACACAAGCCGUGGUAUCCGUUCGCUCAGAUGCAAGUCAAUCUGGGGAUCAAUUCCUUGUUGCUUUUGCUACAUUGGCCACCACCCACGAUUCGGAGAAUGCGCUUCAAUUUCUCACGCGCCUUUCGCAAGAACUGCCAUUGCCGCCUCAUAUGCGACCUGCUGCCAUCAUUCCAGUUGGAAGCAUUCCCCAAAAUACGUCGGGCAAGACUGACCGUGUCGCAGUCAACGCACUUCCCAUUCCGUUGAUUUCAUCCCGUUUGCCUGACGAUGACACUCUCACGGAAUUCGAACAGUCACUAUGUCAGCUCUGGCAACAAGCACUACCGCGAGAAUUGACCACUUUCCACUCGAUUGAUUCCCAGUCCGACUUUUUCCACGUUGGUGGAAGCUCACUUGCCCUUGUCAACCUACAAGCGCUAAUCAAGGACCGGCUUGGUGCGUCUAUGGAAUUGUAUCAACUUUUUGAAGCCAGCAGUCUACGUGGAAUGGCGGCCAGAAUCCAAGACAUAUCUCGCCCCACACUUGAGCUAGAUGUGAAUUGGGAUGAAGAGGUUGAAGUCGCAUCGGAGCUGACUUCAUCUUUGAAUAACAGUAGCACCCGCAUUGUUCCAUCCGGAGUCAAAACUGUGGUUCUUACCGGGGCAACUGGUUUUCUUGGCAAAGAAAUACUCCGAGGACUCAUAGAAGAUGAGAAGGUCUCAUUUGUUCAUUGUCUUGCAGUCAGAAAGCGAUCCUCGGAUUUACCUGAACUAUUUGCCCAUCCGAAAGUUCAUUUGCAUUACGGUGAUCUGGGGGCUCCUCAGCUUGGACUCUCGGAAUCCGAGUCCAGAUCGAUAUUCUCCUGUGCAGACAUUAUUAUCCACAAUGGCGCAGAUGUGUCUUUCAUGAAGACAUAUCAGACGCUCAAGCUUAUCAAUGUGGCAUCUACCAAAGAACUGGUCAAACUUGCAUUGCCCCGGCGUAUACCAUUCCAUUUCGUCUCAUCGGCUGGUGUUGCACGACUUGCUGCCCAAGAAAGCUUCGGGGAGACCUCCGUAUCGCCGUAUCCUCCUCCGCCUCAACCAACAGAUGGGUACAUCGCCGCCAAGUGGGUGAGCGAAGUCUAUCUGGAGCACGUCAAUAGCCAAUUUGGUCUCCCCGUAUGGAUACACCGCCCAUCGAGCAUCACUGGUGCUGAUGCACCAGAGCUUGAUCUUAUGGGCAAUGUCAUGCGGUUCGCCAAAGAAACGCGCAAAUUGCCAGACUCGAGCUUAUGGUCAGGGGUUUUCGACCUCAUUUCUGUACAGUCGGCUGCAAGCCAACUCCUCGAAGCCGUUCAGCAAUCUGGUCUCAGUGGAUCGGCUGCGGAGUCUGUGACUUAUCUUUAUGAAUCUGGCGAGACGAAGAUCGGACGUGAUGAGAUCAUGCCCUUGAUGGAGUCAGGCUCAGGACAACAGUUUCAGGUCGUCUCUCUCGACGAGUGGGUGAACGCUGCCGAACAAGCAGGAAUGAGUGUGUUGUUGGGAGAGUACUUGCGUAGGGCCUCCGAUGGACAAGUUCUCCUCCCCCGAUUGAUUAAAUCAUCCGAGCGUGAAUGA